AUGGAGAUUGCCGACUUGCCAAAUGAAAGCGAUAUAAUGCAGAUGGACGUCAAUGACGAUGGCAGCAUCACAUCCUAUGGAAGAAAUGGUUCACCCUCUAGCCCGCACCCAAAAAGAUUUCCCAAAUCCUCAUCCCGCCCGCCCAAGCCUAAGAACGUAUCCCACCCUUUACAGACAGGAAUACGUAAUUAUCUCAACAACCACUAUCGUAACCAUAAUCACACACAACAAAACUUCCUCUCAUCGCAGUCGAUAUCAUCACUUCCCCUCCCCAAAAGAUUCACAGUCUAUCCCCCUCUUCUCCUACUCCCCUCAAACGCUUUCUCCACGCCAGCUGAAUGGGCCGCGCUCUACAAUUCCCUCUCCAGCGACCAGCGCCAGGAGUUAUAUGCAUGUAUAGCUGCAUCAUUUGCAUCCAUGGGCGUCACGCACAUCGCCAUGAAUGCACCUAUAGUGCCCACGAUGACGAAGGUGGCUAAGGUUAUGAGAAGCGAAACUCAAAUGGAGAAUCGUAUUCGAAGCCCAACGGGGUUGGUGCCGUUUGUAUGGGGAUUUUUGGAGACGGGGAAGAUGUUGCAACCGGGGAGUCGUGGGAAUGUUGUGGAGAAGGCGAGAAUUAUGGGGAUUGAGUCGAGGUUUGAGGGUCUAGAUGACGGUGAUUUUGGGGAUGAGCUAGAGGGAGGGAAUAGGAGAAGGAGGUUACUGGGUCAGAAAAUCGAGGAUGUUGCGGUUGUUGAUAUGUAUGCUGGCAUCGGCUAUUUUGUGUUUUCGUACCUGAGGAGAGGAGUUGGGAGGGUGUGGGGAUGGGAGAUUAAUGGAUGGUCUAUUGAAGGGCUGUGUAGGGCUUGUCGGGAGAAUGGAUGGGGGGUUAAAGUGGUGAAGAUUGAUAAGGAGACAGGGGAGGUGGAGGGAGGAAUUGAUGUGUUAGUUGAGGGAUUGGGAAAAGAAGAUCGUGUGGUGGUUUUUCAUGGUGAUAAUCGGUCUGCGGGCAAGGUGAUGUGGGAUUUGAAGGAGGCACUGCAGCAGAAGGGAAGGUGGAAACGCAUUCGACAUGUUAGCCUCGGAUUGUUGCCGAGUUCGAAGCGGGCUUGGGAGGGGGCUGUGAGAGUUCUUGAUACGGAGGCGGGAGGUUGGAUUCAUGUCCAUGAAAAUGUGGGCGUGAAUGAUAUUGAAAUGAUGGAAGCGCAGAUUGUUGAAGGGUUCAAUUCUCUGCUCAUAUCAACUAGAGGGGAUGGAAAGCUUCUAUCAUCGUCGGCAUAUUCUGGUAUCUCUAUAGCGGAGUGUAUUCAUGUGGAAAGAGUUAAAACCUGGUUGGUUGGAUAA